AUGGAGAUGAUGGGUACUCUGCAGUAUUUGGACCCGAAUAUGACAAACAUCAAACCAGACAUCUCGGGCGUCAUCGACAAAGGGCCGUUUCUGUCCUCGGAUCGGGAAUGGACGUGUUAUAGGCGGAACUAUCUGGCGUGCAUUUGCUCCUUCAGCCUCAGUCCUAGUUAUCCCGGCCCUGGGAUACAAUUCACACCUACACCAAUGACCGGGACGAGCACGACGCAAACGUUUCAAGUCUACGGGUUUGCCAUGUGCAUAUCGGCCGUAGUGGCAGACAAUGAACAGCACGCCAUUGAACUUGUCCAGCACACACCAAAGAGAGACAAAGGCCCAAUAUCCAAACCGUCCAAGACUCUCAUUGCGCCAAAGACCAGCUCAACGCCACAUAAUCCUUCGCUUAGCAUAUACGGGGAUGGCUCAGGCCUUUCCAGCUCCCGGAGUCUGUAUGCCGACGGAUUCGGCGGUCAGACCAACGUUGGCCAACAGGUACCAACCGAACAUACCUUUGAGCGUAUCCAGUUCAAGCAGGCAACCCAGAACAAUGGCAAGAGACGGGCGGCGCAACAGUACUAUCACCUCGUGGUCGAGUUAUGGGCAGACGUCGGAACGCAAGCCAGCGACCAGUUUGUCAAGGUUGCAUUUCGGAAAUCGGCAAAAAUGAUUGUUCGCGGCCGCUCCCCGGGCCACUAUCAAAACGAGCGACGCAACAGCCAAGGAAAUGGCACAGGCGGUGCCGCUGGCAGCGGAGGAUACCGAUCCAUGGGCCCAAUGGGAGAUUUUGGCAACGGUUCUGGCAUGACGGGACCUGGGCUCGGAGGCUACAACUCAGGGUACGACGGUCGUGGCACCAAUUACAACAACGUCAGGCACCAAGAAAUGUCUCCGGAGAGCAUCUUCUCCUCGGGCGACGACAAACCCUCCAACAAGACAUAUCAGUACUAUGCUAGCGGAGCAGGGUCGUCCUCGUCGUAUGAAAGUCAUAGCGACAGGGUGGACUUGUUUGGCCACAGAAAUGGCACAGACACGUUGCACUCGAGCCUUCCGAACCACGCCACCAACGAACGCAAAGUCAAGCCCGAGUUUGACUUCAACAUGCUGCCCAGCCCUUUCAGCGGGGGGGCACGGACGGACGAUCAUCAUCGAGAACGUUUUGAUGGCCGGCCCAGUCCGGGUGGCUUCUACCCAUCAAUUGUGCCGCCAACCGGACUUGGCGCUCUUUGA